UACAUUUCUGUGGGUGACAAUUAACCCAGGAGCUUCAAGUGAGCCUGUGCAGUCACCAGUCCUUCCUUUGAGGGUGACCCCUAAUGACAGUAGUAGUAGGGCUUUGCAGUUAACAAAGUGCUUUACCAGUGACAUGUCAUUUAGUCUUCGUAACCUUUUGAGAUAGAUGAGAAAGCUGAGGUUUAAGAGAUGUCAAGAGAUGUCUGAAGCUACAUUCUAUUUAGAGUUGGCUGAAAUUUCUGGAGCCAUCUGGUCCACUCUUCUUUCUGAUACAUGGAGAAAUCCAUUUUGGAGCAGAGAAGAACCUUUUUUGUGUCUUUAAAUCUUUCUAAAUAUCGUUUAAUUCUAGAUCUCUUUCUCCUUGGAAGAGUAAUCAACAUAUAUGAAUUAAUUUUUUCUCCACUUUAAUUUUCUUGAUAUGAACUUGCAGACCCAGAGCAUUUUGCGAACUUUGAGAAGUGUCUUUCUUCCAUGAAUAGCUCGGAAGAGAUUUGUCUUCUAACUACCUUUGCACAAAUGGCUCAGGCCAGAAGAACCAACGUGGAUGAAGAUUUCAUAAAAAUUAUUGUUCUGGAGAUAUAUGAGGUGUCUUAUGUUGCCUUGUCCACCAGAGAGACUUUUUCAAAGGUUGGUCGAGAGCUUUUGGGGGCUAUCACAGCUGUUCACCCUGAGAUAAUUUCUGUCCUCUUGGAUCGAGUUCAAGAAACCAUUGACCAGGUUGGAAUGGUUUCUUUAUACUUGUUUAAAGAAUUACCUUUGUAUCUUUGGCAACCUUCUGCCUCCGAGAUAGCUGUGAUUCGGGAUUGGUUAUUGAAUCAUAACCUGACAGCGGUGAAGAAUAAACUGGCCUGUGUUAUUCUAGAAGGACUGAAUUGGGGAUUUGCUGAACAGGGUGCCCUUCAUCUGGAUCAAGCAGUCCAUGCUGAAGUGGCCUUAAUGGUUCUUGAAGCUUAUCAGAAGUACCUUGCACAAAAGCCAUAUGCUGGGCUUAUUUCUGAAAGUAUGAAGCAGGUUUCAUAUUUGGCCAGUAUUGUUCGAUAUGGAGAGACUCCUGAGACUUCAUUUAACCAAUGGGCUUGGAACUUGAUCUUGAGGUUAAAACUGCACAGAAAUGAUUGUGGAAUACAGCAGAAUUGUCCAGCUGCCCCCUUCUCCAGAACGGUGCCUGACAUGACGGAAUCACCGAUGUUUCAUCCUCUGUUGAAGGCUGUGAAGGCAGGCAUGCCUAUUGGUUGUUACCUGGCCUUAUCUAUGACGGUUGUGGGCCACAGCAUUGUGAAGUUCUGUGAAGAAGGCAUCUCACUGAUGGGAAUUCUGGUUCAGUCGAGGCAUUUAAGAACGGUGGUCCAUGUCCUGGAUAAGAUUCUACCUUUGUUUUACCCCUGCCAGUAUUACCUUCUGAAGAAUGAGCAGUUUUUGUCGAAUCUUCUUCUCUUUCUACACUUGGACAGUGGUGUACCUCAAGGUGUCACACAGCAGGUCACCCACAAGGUGGCGCAGCACCUGACAGGAGCCAGCCAUGGGGACAAUAUGAAACUUCUCAACAGCAUGAUCCAGGCGCACAUAUCUGUAAGCACUCAGCCUAAUGAAGUGGGUCCUGUGGCUGUGCUGGAGUUCUGGGUUCAGGCUCUUAUAAGCCAGCAUCUCUGGUACCGAGAACAGCCCAUUCUCUUCCUCAUGGAUCAUUUGUGUAAAACGGCUUUUCAGCUGAUGCAAGAAGACUGUGUACAGAAAUUACUUUACCAACAACACAAGAAUGCGUUAGGUUACCACUGUGACCGGAGCCUGUUGUCUUCCCUGGUGAGCUGGAUUGUGGCAGGCAACAUUACCCCUUCCUUCGUGGAGGGCUUGGCCACGCCCACUCAGGUCUGGUUUGCCUGGACCGUCCUGAACAUGGAAUCCAUCUUUGAAGAAGACUCCCAGCUCCGAAGAGUUGUUGAAGGGGAAUUGGUUAUAAACCCUGCUUUUACCCCUGAGCAGGCUCUGAAGAAAGCUCAGGCCCAGCUGAAGCUCCCCAUCGUCCCAUCCCUGCAGAGGCUACUGAUUUAUCGCUGGGCCCAUCAAGCUCUGGUCACACCUUCUGAUCACCCCCUUCUGCCACUCAUUUGGCAGAAGUUCUUCCUCCUUUACCUUCACCGCCCGGGACCUCAAUAUGGGUUACCUAUAGAUGGUUGCAUUGGAAGAAGAUUUUUUCAAAGUCCUGCUCAUAUCAAUUUGUUGAAAGACAUGAAGAGGCGUCUUACUGAGGUGGCUGAUUUCUACCACGCUGCGAGCAAGGCCCUCCGUGUUCCAGCAGAGGGCAGCGAAGGGCCAUCAGAGAGCCAGGCUGGCACCCCUGGUUACCUGACAUCACCAGAACUGCACACAGAACUCGUGAGGCUCUUCAAUGUGUAUAUAUUGUGGCUUGAAGAUGAAAAUUUUCAAAAAGGAGAUACCUAUAUCCCUUCUCUACCAAAGCAUUAUGAUAUUCACAGACUAGCAAAAGUGAUGCAGAAUCAGCAGGAUCUGUGGAUGGAGUAUUUGAACAUGGAGCGCAUACAUCACGAGUUCCAGGAAACUGUUGGUCUGUGGGUACAGACCAAGCUCGAGUCCCAUUCCACACCCUACAGCUUGUCAGUGCAGCUGGACUUCACUGAUCCUUUGUUGGCUAAGGAAAGGGUUUUAAGUAACUUGCGGAAGCAUGAAGCUCCCCAUCCUCCCCUUGUUCUGCACCCCAUGCGGCCUCCUGUGCCAGUUAUUUCCUCAGCUGUGCUACUGAGUCAGAAGGAUGCCAUCCAGCUGGUAUGCACAGACCUGAAUCUAUUGCAGCAGCAGGCUAGAACUGCAGCUCUUCGGGAAUCUCAGCAGGUUGCCCUGGAUGGUGAGUUGUUGGACACGAUGCCCAAACAGUAUGCUAACCGAGAAGAGCAGACCACCCUGCAUUUGGAGUGCAGAGGAAGUGGUGGAAAGAAAUGUCAAGGGGCAGCAGUUCUAACAGUCCAGUUUGAAGGCAUGCAUAAGAACGAAGCAGUAAGCCAGCAGCUUCAUGUUUUGCGAAAAGAAGUGAAGCAGUUGCAAGCAGAAGCUACUAAACCACCAUCCCUGAAUAUUGUAGAGGCUGCUGUGCAUGCAGAAAACUUGAUUACGGCCUUAGUUAAUGCCUACAAGUUGCAGCCUACACCUGGAGUUCAGAAAGUAGGCAUUAGCCUAUUCUUUACUGUUGUGGAUUAUGUCAGUGAUGAGACACAGCGCCAUCCUCCCACAAGACAGUUCUUUACUUCAUGCAUUGAGAUCUUGGGACAGGUGUUUAUCAGUGGCACUAAAUCCGAAUGCAAAAAGGUACUUCAGACCAUUCUGAAGAAUAGAAGGCUCUGCUCUCUCUUGUCGCCCUUCUUCACUCCCAGUGCUGCACCGGCAGAGUUCAUACAGCUGUAUGAGAAAGUGGUGAAGUUUCUGAGUGAGGACAACAGUGAUAUGAUUUUCAUGCUGCUAACCAAGUUCGAUCUUAAGCAAUGGUUAAACACCACUAAACCUCCUCUGUCUGACCGUACCAGGCUUCUGGAGUCCAUUCACUUGGCACUUACUGCCUGGGGCCUUGAACCUGAUGAAGAUAUUUUGAUGCCUUUUAAUCUUUUCUGUAAGCACUGGACUUACCUUCUUCUCUACCAGUUCCCUGACCAGUACAGUGAUGUUCUCAGGCUGCUGAUGCAAAGUAAGUGUCUUCAUUGAAUUGUGACUAACUAGAUCUUAGUGAACAUGUAGUACCAUAUGUAUCGCUCUACAGAUGUCAUCCAAAAAUAUAAAACUGACCUCAACUCCUGAGUAUAGGAGGUGAAAAUCUCUGAUCACCACCCAAAAAGUUGACCCUGUAUGAAUAAGUAAUUUUCUUGGAUAUUAGAAUUGAUCCUGAUUGGGCAAGGCAACACUUCAUGUUUAGUGUCGGGAGUCCAUAGUCAUGUACCCAACCUCUUUACCUUGACUGCAGCUGUCCUGAAGUGCAGUGAGGUGGGAGAGGUGCUUCUUACUCUGCAGACAGCAAAUCUAAUGAAGGAUGAUAUGCUUAGUAUGUCUGUUGGUUUCUCAUUAAUUUCAAAUAGUGGAUACAUUUUGGAUCUUACCUGUCACCUAUUUUUGAGUUUGUUGUUUGCACAUGCAUUUUGUCCUUGUGUGAUAGACGGUAUUUACACUUCCCAAGGGAAACAGCAUCAUUAAAUUUUUCACAUUUCCACCAUUUCUGUCCCUUGCUUUCUGAGUUUUCCAUAGGAGUGUUAGGGGUUAGAGCAAGAAUAAAGGGCUUAGGCUUUUUAUUUUUGGAAUUUCCCCAGGCAGUAAUUUUAUUGAACUUUGAUCAGUGAGAUAGUAUUUACUAUUUUUCACACAAAUUUUAUAUCUUUGUA